CACGUACACUUACAACAAAAGCCACACGGAUUAAAAAUGGCUUCCUGCCUGGUCCCCGACUUCCCGGCGGUUAUGGUCGCUCUCGAGCAUUUAAAGGAACUGGACAAGCAGCUGAAGGAGGAGGGAAGAGCAUUCUCACCUGAAGCCAGCCUCCACCUGACAGAAAUAACUGCUGCCAUCACUGAGCUGGAGGCUGAGCGACAUGCCGCUCAUGAACAUUUAGAAGUGGAAACCAUAGAAAACAGCAAGCUAAGGCACCAAAUCAACAACAUAAGAGAAAGAAUGAGCCAGGAAAUUAUGACCGACGUAGUAGCAGCCCGGGCCUCAAAUGCAGAGGAGAUAGAGCAGCUGCAGAAAGACCUCCAUGCAGUUUCUCAGCUCCAAGAAGCCACAGUGAAGAGGCAGGAAUCCCUCUUGAGCCAGAACGGAGCGCUGUACCCAGAGCAAGAGCGGGUGAAGGCUGAACACGAGGAGAUCAUUGGCGCUCAGAACAAGCAAAUCGCCUUGAAGUAUAGCUUGCAGAUGCAUUUGGAUGAGACACGAGAUCAGAUAGAGGAGCUCAAGUUCUGCAUCGCUGCUAUAGGACAGGACAAGAUCAUGCUGGAGCAAAAGAUGGUGCUGGAGAGAGAGGCUUUCGCUGUGAAAAACGACAGCCUGUUCAGAGAGGUGGACCAGGCAGAGGAGAAAAUCAAGCAGCAGAAGCUAGUGAACAGGAGACGCAGAAUAGAGUUGGACAGACUUAAUGAGAAGAAACAAGAGACCCAUAACCAACUGGGUGAGCUCACGAUUGACCUGGCAAAGCUGGAGGGCAAAAUCCGGAGACUGGCAGAAGAUCUGCGCCCGUGCGAGAAACAGCUGCAAGGGGAGACCCAAAAGCAUCAAGAAUUGAGGCAACAGAGAGAAGCGCUGGAGAAGGAGUUGCAGGAGUUAGAGGAAGCCUUUAGAGUUGCCAUCCAGCGUCUUAAAGAAGAAAUUGCCACAGUGGACGAUAAAAUAGAGGAGAGUCGAGCGGCCAGAUUGCUCUGUCAAGAUUCCCUGGCAAAAAUCUAUAAGAUAUUCAAGCAGCAGCACGACGAAGAGAGCGAAGUGAAGGCAGAGCAUUUCCACGUCUCGCAGCAGCUGCAGCAGUCCAAGCUACAGCUGGAGGAGAGCAUUUCCUCCAUAGUCAGACACAGCACGGAGAUCAAAGAGAUGGACAAGCAGAUCGGAGAACUCCUGCAAGCCGACAUCAUCACUAAACGUGUGUUGGAGAGGAAUCAGGAAGAGUUGUGCGACAACAUGGAUGCUGAGAAGAGGAACAUCUGCCAUUUCAAGGCAGAGAAGAGGCGGCUGACGAGGCUUUUGGAGGAAGAGAAAAGGAAGCAGGAGGAGCAUGUGGCGAAGAUGCGCUCCGAUACCAGAAACACCGAGAUCAGAUACCAGGAGCUGCAGCGAGAGGAGGCUGCCCUCCGAAAGCGUCAGCCCAAGAGCGAUAACGCAGAGUUGCUGAUGAGCCACCUGGCCCAGUGUGAGGUGGAGUACAGACAAAAAGAGACCCGGCAGCGGGAGGAAAUUGAGCAGUGUGUUGCAGAAACCGAGAGCAUCACGAGGAACUGCAUGGAGAAGCAGAGGGAGGCUGAGGAGCAAGAGGAAAUCCUGAAGGAGGUGGAAGCAACAUGGAACGAAGAGCAAUCCAGACACCAGGGACUGAAAACGCUCUCCUCCGAGCUGAAGAGAAAGAAGAACGACCUGGAGCUGUCCAUUCAGGGACUGAGAGAGAAAACCGACUCGCUGCUUCAGCCCAAAGACCAAACCAAGGCGGAGCUGGAUGAGAUGCGAGGGGCUUACGUGGACGUGCUCCGUCAGCAGGCGUCAGAGCUGAGAGCCGUAGAGAUGAGCAUCUAUGACAGCAGCAUGAAAAUGGAGCAGGUCCGCAUGGAGAACAGCAGGCUGCAUCUCUGUAUCCGACAGAUGACGGAGGAUGUGGGCGCAGCCAGGGAGAACAAACAGCGGUACUGGCAGGAGGUUCACCAGCUCAGGCAGGACAUAAGGGCCUUGUUUGAGAGCUUACAGGAAGCAUGGAGAGAUGACUUAAUGGUUACCCAGGAGCGCCAGAACAGCGAUGGCGUUCUGUUGGCGUCGAUGAGUGCCACGUUGAACCACCUGAAGAUGAGGAGACAACAGUUAGGAAACAUCGGCACACUCCUCCACCAACAAAUGUUGGACUUCAGCAGAAGACUGGGGGAUAAAACGACUGUAGAACAGCAGAGUUGAGUUGACCUGGAGUGUCUAUGAAUGCAGAUAAACUGCAUGGAAUAAUCAAAGUUGAUACGUUUAUAAUUAACAUUUUAAUAAAUCUUACAGCAACAAGGAUAUUAUGUUAAGUCAUGUCUAUUAAGUUUUGGUUUUUAAUGCAAUACCAUUUUAAACAACUCUCCCAACUAGACUUUAGUAAAAAAAGCUUCCAAACUGGGACAUACUGAGUCAUUUAUUCAUUUAUCUUGACAUGGCUUGAGUAGUAGUGUAAUAUACAGUAUACUGGUAUAAUAAGAUGCUGUAUUAGUACAUACCUUUAGUAGACAUUUUUCCCACUUGUCAAACAUUGGUGUCACUAAUAUUUAUUUCAGCAUUGCCUUAAUUGCUAGAACAGUGCUAUUAGUUCUUCCUGUGCUUUUCCUACAAUGACUAGUCAAAAAGUAGGUUGUAUAGCGAACUACUUCUAGAGCCUAACCUGUGCAAAUGUAGGUACCAUGUAAAGCACUUAGAAUUCCACAAUAUAAAUACAGCAGCCUUGCGUGCAAUAAGUUAACAUUGUUUAUUUCUGGACAAAACUGGCUCAAGUGGAAUUUCUAAUAUAAACUUCUAAUUUUCCCCUAUCGAUAGGCCUUUUUCAUAGAAGACAUUUUAACAUCUCACAGUAGGAAAUGUACAUUAAGAAAAAUCUAAAUCAUUGAUGGUGUAGCAGGUCUCGCUGCCACCGCGGGUCUCCAACACCACCAACCACAGCCAAGACAAACUGUGUAAGAACAGUAUUUUUUCAUGACUGCUCACACACACACUUUCAACAUAAGUUCACAAACUUCCUAACCCUGCGCCUCUGGCAGGUGCAGCUUCU